AUGAACAGCCUUGAUCAGUUCGAUAUUCCACAAAAUGUAUCUGACAAAAAUGAGACGUUUAAGGCAAAGUGCCGCCACUGUUCCUCUGUUAUAUCAGGAAGCUACCGGAUAACAUCAAACUUCGUCACACACUUGAAGAGAAAGCACAGAGAAAUUCAUUUGGACACUGUUGGCCGAAAAUUCCAGGACAGUCCAUUGAGUCCGAAGAUAACAGGCUUUAUAAAGCAGGUCGGAACCAAAUACAAUCAUAGCGACCCGAAACAGAAGGAAUCAAUGAAUGCACUUGUGAAUUUUAUAGCUGGUGAUCUUCUACCAUUAUCUACUGUAGACAGUCAGUACUUCAAGUGUUUUGUUGCAAGUCUGGAUCCAAAGUUUCAGGUUCCCAGUAGAAGACACCUCUCAUCAAAGGUUAUUCAUGAAAAAGCUAGGCUUAUAAGUAAUACCGUGAAGUCACAACAAAAGCGAGCUGAAAACAUUUGUUUGACUAUUGACCUUUGGUCCAAUAGAUCUAUGAAAGGAUUUCUAGGAAUAACUGCACAUUAUAUAUUGGACUGGGAAAUGAAGUCUGCUAUGAUGGCGUGUAAACGAUUCAAAGGAAAACACACCGCUGAAAACAUUCUUCACGAGUACGAAGACACUAUUUCAAGUUUUGACAUAAAUGAUAAGAUAUUUUGUGUAAUAAGUGAUAAUGCCUCUAACAUGAUAAAGGCCUUCAAAUGUCCAAUUCCUGGAUUCUCCUCCCCUAGGAAGAGCAGCAAAGAUGACGAGUGUGAUGAUGAUGAUGAUGAAUCUUGCGAUGACAACGAUUCUGAUCAUGACUCAUGCCACGAACGAGAGGUUGUAUCAAGCAAGGCAAGUCUGGUAAAAAACAUUGAAUCAACAUUUCCUCAACAUAAGAGAUGUUAUGCACACAGCUUACAGCUUGUCACCAAGGAUGGAUUAAAUGAAUGUGGAGCCAACUUCAAAAAGGUCAUAGCAAAGGUCUCAAAGAUUGUUGCACGUGUAAGGAAUUCUGUUCACGCCUCAGAAAUUCUGGAAGAUGAAAAGCGCUUACAAGCAGCUAAUGCAACCAGAUUGAAUAGUCAGUUGACAAUGAUCCAUUCAGUAAUGGCUGUUCCUGAAGAAAAGCUUUGCGAGCUUGGCCUAGCUGUACAGCUUUCUGCUUACGACAGAAAGAUCUUAAAUGAACUUAGCAGCAUCCUGGAACCUUUUGAAAAAGCAACCAUUAUGUUACAAACAGAGAGGACUGCUAGUGCAACAAUUUUAGAUCCAAGAUUCAAAUUACACUGGAGCAGAUCUGAAUCUGUUGGACAUCAUAUCAGCAAGCUGAAGGACAAAGUUGCUGACGUUUGCUGUGUGACUUCAGACUCAGAUGCUAGUUCCUCACCUACCAAGAGAGUAAAGUCUGACUAUUUCUUCAGCUUUCUACCUGAAUCUACACCAACACGCAAAAGAAACCAAUCAGGUGUUAUACAUGAGGUAGACUCCUAUUUAGAUGAGCCUCAUUUGGAUUCAAAGGAGGAUCCAUUAGUUUACUGGCGAAAGAACAAUACUGCACACCCCUCAUUUGCAAAAUUGGCCACCAAAUAUUUGUCAAUACCUGCAACCAGUGCACCUGUUGAAAGAUUAUUUAGCAUUGCUGGGAAAGUGUUUAGGCCAGACAAAAUGCGUCUCACUGACAAAAAAUUUGAAACUCUUAUGAUAUUGAAGUAUAAUGGUGAAAUGUGA